AUGCGAAGUAGCCCUCCCAAUCCAGCGAGUAUCUGCUACCUCGAGCGAGGCGGAGACAACGAGAUGAGAGACUCGAUCACGGAGAUCGAGCUCGACCAGGACAAGAUCAUCCGCGCUAUUAUAAUCCCGAAUGAUAAGGAGGACAUCGACGGGCUGCGGGAGACCUUGAACUUCCUGGCUUCUCACCCGCAGGCUCGCUCGGUGUACGAUGUAUAUCUUGCAAUGGAAACGCGUGAACAAGGCGCAGAAGUGAAGGCCUUGGGCCUAAUCUCUAAAUAUAUGAAAGAGACUGCGCUUCAUACAUUUCAUAAUGCACCCAGUGAUAUCCCUGGCGAGGCACCUGGAAAGGGCAGCAACUCGGCAUGGGCUACGCGGAAGCUUAUACCCGGAACUGGCACAGACAACCCUGUAUUCGGCACCUUCUUAUCCGCAUCGACAAGGACGGCUCCUACGCAAAACUUGGUGGGUGCUGGAGGAGAGCGUCGAGCCUGCUCCAGAGCAUAUUCCAUGUAUCCCUCAUGA